CUGAAAGUUCUCUGUACUGACAGCUGAGGAAGAAAAUGCUGCACCUCCUGAUAUUUACUUGUUUGCUGGUCAAAGCCACAACUUCGAAAAUUAGAGUAUAUGGAAAUACAACAGCUGACUACGGCGGGGAUGCACAUUACAGGUGUGCAGUGGAUAUUCCGGCAGGUGUGCUCCAAGUCACAUGGCAGAGGCUUUUCAAGGAUCAGUCAAUUGAAAACAUGGCAACCUACAGCGAGCGGUUUGGCCAGCAGAUAAAUGGGCCUUUCCUUGGAAAAGUGAUCUUCACAGAAGCGUCCCUCAACUCAACAGCCAUCACUCUGAAGAACGUAACAUGGGAAGAUGAAAGCUGUUAUAUUUGCUCAUUCAAUGUGUAUCCCGAUGGGUCCAAAAGAAAGCAGGCUUGCCUCACAGUGCAAGGAAUAUCUGAUGUGAACACAAUGGUUCAGCCCGUUUCCAGAGGUGGACCUGAGGGAGAAGACUUGGUGGUUGGAUUUCGCUGCUCUGCCACAGGAAGACCAGCUCCAACCAUUCAGUGGGACCUUUCAUCUGGUGCCACCAACUCAGAAGAACAACAGACCACUACAGUAACAAACAGUGACCACACAUUUACCAGCAGCCGCAACAUCACGCUGCACAUACCUCCAGGCUGGAGUGGAUAUGUGGACUGUUUGGUGAACAGUGGAGCAACGGGGCAGAGGCGAGAGAGGAUCCCUUUUUCUUCAGGUCCAGGGCCUGACAGCAAGCCGAAAGACAAUAAAGGGCUGUCACAGUCAGGGAUUGCACUUCUAGUUACUGCUACAAUGUGUGCUUUCUGCAUCAUUGGUGGUGCUGUAGUGAAGAGAAGGUUUAAGGGCGGAAGAAGUGAAAACGUUUAAGCAUCAGUGAGGUUUGGCCUUUCAGCAACCAUCUUAAACUCUGGACAAGCAAGCAUUAUAAAUCUCUGCAUCUAGUGCUUUAGAGAUGUGACAGUGAAUUAAGCUAAAAGACGCUACUGAAUAGCCAUUUUCCACAUUAAUUUUUAAACAGCUUGUGAAAUUUACAUUUCUUUUAAACAGCAAAACUCAGCACUUUAACUUUGUUUAUGGAGCUUCAAGAUAA